CCCAACAAAAAUUCCCUCAAAAAUAUCGCAAUCCCUUUUUCCAUAUCUUGAAAAUUCAUUUUGUGCCAUGUUUGAGUCUUUGAGAUCCAUUCCUGCGAAAUCAAACAUCUUUUCCACAGUCACUUUUCUACUGAUCAUCAUCGUCAUCAUCUCUUCAGACAGCAUUAUAUCAAACGUCUCAUUAAAUUCAGAUGUUUUGAUGCACGAAAGCAGCGGUGAAGAUCGCGAUCAUGAUCAUCAUCUGUCACGAGUUUUGCACACAAAAUCAGCAGAUGGCGAAGGUUUCAAUUCCGAGAUCACAUAUUUCUUUAGCAGAAAUCGAUGUAGGGUUCGUCUCUUCAUGACAUGGAUCUCUCCUGCAGAUUUUUUCGGAGAGAGAGAGUUGUUUGGAUUGGAGAGUUUGUUCAAAACGAACCCUAAAGGCUGCUUGAUCAUACUCUCCAACACUCUGGACUCAAUCCAUGGAUCGAAGCUCCUACAGCCGUUGAUCGAAAUCGGGUUUCGUGUUCGAGCAAUCUCUCUCGACUUAUCUUCUCUGUUCAACGACACUCCAGCUGAAAUCUGGUUCGAUCAGAUCAAGAACGGCAGCAAGAAUGCGGGAGAAAUCCCUCUGCCUCAAAACCUAUCCAAUUUGAUUAGGCUUGCAGCUUUGUACAAGUAUGGAGGUGUGUAUUUGGACACAGAUUUCAUAAUCUUGAAAGAUUUGUCAAGAUUAAGGAAUUCCAUCGGAGCUCAAAGCGUUGAUGUGAAUGGGAAUUGGACAAGGUUGAACAAUGCAAUCCUAGUUUUUGACAAGAAUCAUCAACUUGUGUACAAGUUCAUGGAGGAAUUUGCUUCAACUUUCGAUGGGAAUAUAUGGGGGCAUAAUGGGCCAUAUUUAGUUACUAGAGUGGUUGAUAGGGUUGUGAGGGUUAGAGAUUUUAAUUUUACGAUCUUGCCCCCGAUUGUUUUUUACCCGGUCGAUUGGAUCCGGAUCCCUAGGUUUUUUGCUCGGCCGGAUCAUAAUGAUCUGGCCGAGCAAAAAUGGGUCACGGCUAAGCUCCGACAUCUUAGCCGUGCUUCAUAUGGGGUGCAUUUGUGGAAUAGGCAGAGUAGUAGAUUAAGGAUUGAGGAAGGAAGCGUUAUAAGUAGUUUGAUUUCUGAUUAUUGUAUCUUGUGUAAUACACCUAUUUCGAGUUCGUAACUAGUUAAAGAUGCAUUUGU